CUGCAUGAACUGCAGCUUGGCAGUAUAAGGGUUAAGGUCCCAAAAACUUUCCCUCCAUUGUUCUAAAACAUUAGUUUCCAAUACACAAAGAUACCCCUUCCCUCCUCACUUUUCUCUCCCCCUCUCAGUUAAUUCCUUGCAUUCUCGAUACUGUCAUUGUAGAUUCGUCCUCGGUCGCGGCAACACCACUGCCACCUCACACAGUCAUCACCAUUAACGCCGCCACCACCACACCUCCCAUUCACCCUACGACCUUUCAUACCAGCAAAUGUCCUCCCAGAAAGUCAAGAACUGAGUGGGCCACGUCAAGAUGGUCUGCAAUGAAACCCAAAGCCAGGCUGGGAGAGACAGGGAUUCCAUAUUAGGUCACUGUGGUGCAAGACAGGAUAGCAGGAAUGCACGGUGUCUUUCCCACAAGUCACCAGGAGAAGGUAGGGAGGUAGAGGAUGUCCAUGAGGCCUCUUUACCAAGAAGCUCCGACAGUGCAAGACGUGAUGACAACAAUGGACUGUUCCCUUCUCACAACACGACGCAAGAAGUUCAAAACCCAGACAGUGUCAGUGAGGGACUAAAUUCUACACAACCAAAGGAAAAUGCAGGUACAGAAGUUGUACAUUUUGAACAAAAUGCCCACUGUACUCCAAGCUUAAGUUGUGAAGUAGGAGAUGCUGAUCGACAUGCAGGAACACAGGAAGAUGACUUCAAAAAUGAACAAUCUGCUAACAUCACGGUGGAAGGCACCACUGGAACACACGACAAACCUGCUUACUUCGUCCAGACAAUGGUGACGUUACUGAUGGCGUGGGGUGUGCUGGCUGUGAGCACACCCAUGUCCUUCCCGGGAGUCACACUACCCCAGUUCACUGAUCCUGACACCGACGACCUGCACCUGGAGUCCCAGAGCCUGUCACUAUUAGGUGAAGCCAAAAUCAGUAUGGUAGAGGCCGGUACAAUGGUAGGCUCCCUGGUAGCUGGCCAGCUGCUGGCUCCCUUGGGUGCGCGCGUCACCAUCCUCAUCGGUCUGCCACUUGCUAUGGUCAGCUGGUUGGGCCUCUUUUACUCCAGUCAGUUAUGGAUCCUGCUGACCUGCCGCAUCCUGCAGGGCUGUGCCUUUGCCCUGGUGAAGCCCUCCACUAUCAUGUAUUUAGUCGAGGUAGCACAUGAAAGUUUACGUGGGCGGAUAGUGGGCGUGGUGGGUAUCACCAAGGAAGUUGGUUUCUUUUCUUCUUACUUAUUAGGCGGGUUGAUGCUCACGUGGCGACAACUGAGCUUUAUAUUUGCCUGUAUCCUGGUGCCGCCUGCAAUUGCUGUCUUUUUCCUGCCCAAUUCGCCUCGCUGGCUGACAAACCACGGCCGCAUCCCCGAGGCCCGCAGAUCCCUUGUGUUCUUCAGAGGUCGUCACUACGACGUAGAGGCGGAGCUGCGGGAGGUGAUCCGUCAAGCUAACGAGGCAGGCUCCAACACCAGCACACGGCAACAACUCAAGCUCCUGUUAAGACCCGGAACGCUUAAAAUGUUUCUUUUCGUUCUGUUCAUGUUUAUAGCAUAUCCCCUACAAGGCAUUGCCAUCUUAAGUAAUUACAUGAUGAUAAUCUUGGACACUCCAGGCAUGCCUCUUGAUCUCUCCCUGAGCAGCUUUCUAUGUGGUAUUGUCAAGAUGGCUGGUGGCAUUACCAAUUUUAUCAUUAGUGAUUAUAUAGGACGAGUAUCCAUCAUGGUGGUCACCCUUAACUUCAUGGCUGUCAGCGCCUUCGCCUAUGCCUAUUAUAUCUAUUUUUUGGAUCUUAAUAGCCCUAAUACUGCCACCUGGAUCCCGCUCGCUUCAGUCAUCACCCUACAGUUUCAUGCAGGCAUAUGUGGACCCAUUUUAGAUGUAAUGCAAGGAGAACUUCUGCCAAAUUCUUGUCGGGCAGCCACCAUGCCCAUAAUAACACUUCUCAAUGGUCUGUGUGUGUUUGGAACAGUGUCGUCAUUUUAUUAUCUGUUAGAGCUUAUUAACAUGGCUGGCAUAUUUGGCAUCUUUAUAACAGUCAACAUUAUUAUGGCUUUGGUUUGUAUGCUGGUCAUGCCAGAGACACGUGGCAUGUCACUGGAGGCAAUCAGUGACGCCGUUCACUCAUGAAAGCAUAAAUUUAUGGGAAAAAGAAAAUAGAGUACUUGAAAGUAAUGUAGAUUCUUCUCAGUCUGCUUGAGUGAGUGGUCUGAAAAUCCGUAGUCGUGUCUUCUCCGUGGCCUGAAGGGAAGGAGUGCAUUGUCUUUCCCACUCCUUGACCUGCAUUGUCAUUUGCUGAAGCUUCUCGUGGUGGCCAGGGUCAACCCACGGCCUCGCUGAGCCAGCUGAACCAGAAUUGAUGUCUCCAACACUUGAGUUUGCCUCCACAAGUCACUCACUCUCUGCCUGGUAUGCAGCUCAUUGUAUUCCUCACUGUUAUGACGCAUUGCCCACUGUACUGCUCAUUGUCAACAUGUACUGUUUAUUGAGCUCCUCAGCUUCAUAUUGUGCUACUGAAUGUAAUCCUUCCUGUUAGGUUGUAAUACUCAUUGUACUCAUCACUACUAGGAUGUACAAGUUAUUACACUCAAUUGUGACAAACUUCUCUUGAUGAUCCACAUCUUACUAAAAUUUUAAAAACAAUGUGCUUUUCUUUAUACGUACUUUAAAUUAUUUUCUUUCGAUGAUAUUCACUUCUUGGUCCAAGACGAGACAGCACAGUCACAAUGGUGGCAGCAGUGGGAUCGCAGAUGAGGCUUGUGAUGUGAGCUUUUCUGAUGCAGGGAUAGGAUCAGGCCCCUCACUUUUCAGAGAAAAGGAGUCUUCCUUACUAUAGGAAAUGGAGGAAUUUACUCUAAUUGCAGGAACUGAAACACCAGAAAUCAAUCCAGAAGAAAUGGUAUAUCUGUACCAGGGCAGUCAUGGCAGAACAGCAACACAAACACAGGCAUCACAUCAUGUUAUUUUGUCAUUAACGAUGCAGAAUUCUUGUUAAGCUAUAUAGUAACAGUCAGCCUAAUACUGGCAAUAAAGUGUUCAACAGAUUUCUAAACUCAACAAGAUCACUUCAACAACAUAUGGAGUAAAACCUUUCACAAAACAAAACCAACCUCCACUUCAACUAAAUGUGCCAAGUAACAGGUUGAGAUAUAAUCAACUUACAGCAUCAUCCCAAGGAUAAGAUGAGCAACCAGUCUGUCAGUGUCACCACCACCAUGUGUUGAAUCUCUCUCUCUCUCUCUCUCUCUCUCUCUCUCUCUCUCUCUCUCUCUCUCUCUCUCUCUCUCUGGUGAUACUCUGACAUACGUAUUUUUCUAUUUUCUUUCUCAUGGGGAAACUGAAACAUGGGGAGCAUAUUUAGUGAUUUGUAAUUGUUCACCUAGAGAUUAUCUCAUCAGCAUAGCACUUAGGCAUACGUGUGCAGAAACUGGCGGGAGGGUCACACAGCAUGGCGGUGCUUGGGGUAACCUGCAGAUGUAGGCUGAUGUUAAACGUUAUAUUGACACCAAAGUUCCAUGUGUUAGGGAAGAUGGAUGCGGUAUUGACAGCUGUAAGGGUAACACGCAGCAGUACUGUGAUGGUAUGGAGGGCAGUACGAGGCUGUAGAGCAGUGUUGAGCGACGAGAGGGAGCCACCAACGCUGCUUGGUUUGGGAAGGCAUUAUCAACAUCAAGAUGAGCUGCAAAGAGAGUCUAAGGGAGUGAGAGACUGGCCAACUUCAUCAGAAUCAGUGACAGUGCAAUACAAUUCAUAGCAAUGGUAUUAACACUCCUCUCUGCAACAGGAGGCAAGGGAGGGAGUGACCUUCAAGCAAGUGGUAUGACAAUGAGGGGAGUAUGAUGUGGCACUACAGGGGACUUAGUAUCAUCGGGGUAGGAACACUACAAAGGGAUAAAGGUGAGACUUCCUAAGGAGGCAUAGAAUGUCAAAGAUGCUGCUGCUGCUCAAAAUGAUGUUUGUAAAAUAUACGAAGGAUUACAUUUUUUUUCUUUUCCUUUCAGAAGGCACAUGUAAUGGAGCACCUAUGGACUAGAGUAGCAGUGACACCAAUGCAGUUAGUGUUACGUUGAAGUGUUGCUGUUUGUAGUGGAUGAGUCACGUGAUGGAAAUGGGCCAGUCUGGGUCAUGCUGGGUGCUACACAUAGGGAAGGGCAUGGGCAUGGGGGAUGGCAGAGGGACAGCGAGCAGACAAGGUUCACAUCACCUAAGAAUAACCAAAAUUCCUCCUCAGGCAAAUAAAAAAUCAAUAUAUUUGGAAUAUUAUCCAAUUCUGUACACUAAUAAAGUAUUAAGAUUCAUCUUAUAUAUAUACAAUUUAGUUCAGUUUGGGCGAACACAGGCAAAUAUCCCGCCAUUAUAAAACAUUUAUAACUCACCAGACUACAGUCUUGACAUUCUCAAACAACUUCAGCUUCUAGAUGAAAGCCAGAAAUCACAUACAGCCACACUAAUUUCACUAAGAACAAAAGACUCAACGAAUCAAACAAAAUGUUGGCAACAAUUCCUCUUCCCUCAUUUUCUUACUACUAGAAACCUUGAAAAUGCAACUAAUCUUAGUACAAUGAGUUACAAAUACAUAGCAAGGGUGUGCAAAGGCAUUGUAAUUUGAAAGGGAAGGAUGCAACACUUCUCACUAUGAGGAACGUUGAUGCACUUUUGAGAGGGAUCCCGGGCACCCGAACUUAACACACUCACAAAUCGUAUCCAACAGACUAUAAAAUUUCCUGAGAGACUACAGGGACUGAUUAAGUAAUAAAAACAAGAAUUAGGAAGUUCCCUGAAGCAAGUCCAGAACGACCUCUCCUCAACCACCAGCCGAGAGCACGACUCCCAAGACAACACAACAAAACCCAAGCUCUGGUGUGUGGCCUCUCGGUUCUCCCCAAGACACUGUAGAUCAGCAUAAGAAAAAAAUCUCAUUUGUACGCUUUCAUUCCCUCAUAAACUUUGGCAAGUGAUGCAGAUCAGUGCUAUAUGAAGAGCAAAAUAGUAAUGAUCAUUGCAUAACUAUGUUCAUGCUCUCGUACACUUUCAUAUUUACAAACGUUAAAUAAGAAACAGAAUCACCUAAGUUAUGUGUCAUCACUGUUGGUGUAACAUGGCACACAGAGGAGUAGUAAGUGUAAGCAAUAUCACAUUGGACACACAGUAGAACCUCACAACACCGGAACACCAUAAUGGGAGUGUGGGUGGGACACUGUUCAAGGCGGCACACACUCGCUCACUCACUUGCUCGGCUGUAGACUGACUGUCCUCACAACAACACUGGCAAGCCUCCUCCUCCUCCUCCUCCUUGCAUCUCAAGCCUCCCUUACAUGGCCAGAACAUUUAUUAAAGCUGGUGGUACAUUUUCAUGAAAGACAAUUGAGAUUAUGAUUCAGUUACAUAUGAGACUUCAAUGCUCUCAGCCUUUAAUAAAAAGCUGCGAAUGAUGGUGAACACAUCUUGUACUUCAUUUG